GCAGCAUUUCUAUGGGAAAGGCUGACAAUUGGGUUCGGGGAAGUUUCUGUAGGCAAGGGACAUUUACUUAGUUACGGCAACCUUUUUGCCGUGCCCUCGCGAACUUCUAUUCUAUGGUAUAAUUUUUUGUUGUAAUUGAGUUACUGACAUUUCUCUAGCAACCAGUUACCUUGCAAAUACUCGCUUCAGAUAUCAUCGAGUUGAUGUUUCCGCAUUGCAUAUACCUUUAUUCAAUUCAUUCCAGUCAUUUUUCUUAUCAAAACUAAACUCAAUAGAAUAUCUCAGUAACAAAGUAGUAAUAUUUUAUGGCUAUUUAUAAUUGAAUAAUGUACUCAAACGAUGUUUCUUUUGAUAAUUUCAUGUAUUAGCUGUCAUCCUUUUCAGACCUUAGACUUCUCAGUGCGUUAAUUGGCAGGAGAUGCAACAUUUACAAAUGCGUAAUGCACUUUUGUAGAAAAGCUACUUGUAAAAGAUUCUAGAAAUCUCCACUUCUUCAAUAUUCGAUUCAAUGUUCUAAUAUUUGUUAGCAUAUAAUUCCCGAAAUUGAUCAUGCCAAAUUGAUAACAAACUGAGCAAGAGACUUCAGUACAAUAGUGAUGCCAAAAUUCAAGAAAUUUGUACGGGAAAUGAUUUCCAGCAACCAUUCAGCGGUAUUGCUCUGAUUUUUCUAGGAAUUACGAUCCAAGAACCACUACUGACAAAUGACAUUACGGUUCGGUGUUUUGCUCACCGAGGCUCUACUUGCUAUGUACCUAAACAGCUUGAAAAUCCCGCGUUUCUUGAAAUAUAAGCUGGGUUCACCUGUGGCUGUAUCGACCCGGACGCGCUCACCAUCACGGCAUCGACAGGUGGCCUUGGUGACCUGUUACAAUGAAUUACAUAAGUGGUGUCAACUAAUGUCAUUUUUCUCAAGUAGAUAGGUAUAGCCUUUACUUUGCAAAGAAAAUUUCAACACCAUCGUUUAACCGACGAAAACAAAAUGGUAUAAAGAUUUCUGCCUUUGUGCCCAUUCAUUCAGUGGGUCAGUCUGUCUGCCAAUCUGCAAUCAGUAUACAAGGCUAUCAGAAAGUCAGAAAAUUUUCUCAGAUAAUGAAAUAUCCAAGUAUAACAAAUCCUACUGAGAAUGCUCCAAAGAGUCCAAAGUUUGGAAUUUUCUUCUAAAGCAGUAAAUAAAAUCAAGCAUUUUAAAGUUAGUACUCGCGAAUAUAAAUGCAUGUUGGGACACAAAACUGUCUCAGUCUCACUGACUUGGCGUUCCACUACAACGCUCAGAGAUAAACGCAUUUGUGCACACUUAGUCAUCUGCUAGGGAACCAAGGUUUACAGAUCAUAAGAAGAUGGCGAUUCAAAAAAACAGCUUUUCUUGGCUGCAAUAACAUAUAUCCUAUUUUACUAAAUUUCCACUACGUUUCACCUCAAAGAAAACGUAGAAAAUUUAAUUUAAUGAAGCAUAGAACAGCAAAAUGAAUACCAUAGGACACAUUUGUUUUCGGCGUCAGCUCAAAGGAAUCUUGUGCAGAAAUUCACCCAGUGAUAAUAACAGCUAAAUUAUUUUUAUCGUUAAGAACGUUCUGAUAGAAAAUACACUUCAUUCGGCAAAUUGCAAUUCCACUUACAUCGUCAUACACCACUCAUACUGUUAGAACACAGGGUUCCCAUUCAUUGCAGGACAUCACAUGACAAUUGCAUCAUUGCCCUGCAAUUGCAUCAGCUUCUGUAAAUUGUAUUAUUCUUAGGGUAUAUAAGGGGUGGCUUUAUAGUUAGGUUCAGUCUUGCCGUAAGCUUUGUCGAACUCAGUGUACCUUGUCGCUAGCUUGCAGAAUUGUGUUUGCCGUUACAUUGUCGCCGUAGCAAUUUAAGAUAUUUUUAGUCGUUUGCCGUGAACUGAUGAAUUAGAAGAAGUGUAUAGAGAAUUGCAUAACAGUUUUGCCGUAUUUAUCGUGUACGUUUCUGCGAACGACCUACGAACUCACGUUUGCAAAACCCCCUUUUUAAGUGGUUUUACAAUACACCAGUGUAGGUUAGCGUGUUUUUUCAAUUUUUCUUUUAAAUCUGCAAACAACAGCUAUCUUUUUGAGGAGAUCUUUGACGUUAGUUUCUGGAAUUUCGAAAACUAAAUUGCGUCCAAAAAUAUUUUGGUGGAUCUUGGCGCUUGAAGUGCAUGACUGCUACUAAGAGAUUCUUUCUGAAAAAUUUAUCUUCGUGCAAAUCCUGUAGUGUUGUUUGUCCUUCUUUUGCUUUAUGUAGUUUUUCUUAUUUCAAAUUAAUAUAUUGUUUCUAUACAUUUUAUAUAUAUAUUAAUUGUUUUAUAUCAUAGUUUUUGCAUGUAUUUGAAAAAUCAAAUUUAACUGUACUGCCUCGUUCUGGUAUUAUAUCCUCGAGAAACGUAACACGUAACAGUUCUUCAUAAGAAUCUUGCGAGAAAAGAGGAUCGAUUUAUGUUCCCUAAUAAACAAAUAUCCAAAGCAAAAACUCUAUGCAGCUGAAUGCAAUUCGUACUCUGUAUGAGCAGUAAAAGAAAUGUCACUGUUUAACAUUGAAGAGGUAAAGAGACACAACACAGAAGAAGAUGUGUGGAUUGUAGUGAAUGGUAUUGUUUACGAUGUUACACAAUUCGCCGCAAUUCAUCCUGGCGGCAAAGAAAUUCUUUUACAAAAUGCUGGAGAGAUUGUCACUGGUUUAAUGAAACAAGAAGAUAUCCACGUUCAUUCUGAAGCUGCAUACUCGCUGCUAGAAACCUACAGGAUUGGAAAAUUAGCGAAUAAUAUUGAUGAUCAUGAUGUUGAAGAAUCUGAAAUGAAAGGAUGGAAAGAGGAAAAAAUAGAUUGGAAUCAAGGCUUAGUUUUGCAAGUCCACAGAUAUGGGUUUGAGUACUUGAAAUGGGUCCAUUCACCUGUCAACAAACCAUUAAAAUUGUUUACUUCGAGGUUUCUGGAAUUCUUUUCAAAGACACCAUGGUUUCUUGUCCCUAUGGUUUGGCUUCCAGUCAUUUUAAUCAUGACAUACAUGUCCUUUGUCAACAUUGGUCAUCUUGAAUAUCUAAGGAGCACCUCAAAUCUUGCAAAAUUAAUUUUUGUUUCUGUGCUAUUUAUUAUUGGAGUCUGUACUUGGACAUUUGUGGAAUACAUUUUGCACCGCUUCUUGUUCCAUUUGAACCCACCUGGAGAUUCAAAGUUCUGGAUUACAUUGCACUUUUUCCUGCAUGGUCAACACCAUAAGGUUCCAUUUGAUCCUGGUCGACUUGUGUUUCCACCUGUGGCAGCACUAGCCUUUGCUGUGCCAUUUUACUUGCUAUUUGUCAACAUUCUACCAUCUGCAAUUGGCCAAGGAAUCUUUGCUGGUGGAUUGCUUGGAUAUGUUGUCUAUGACAUGACUCACUAUUAUAUUCACCAUGGACAGCCUACUCCUGGAAGUUACCUUCAUAGAUUAAAGCAGUAUCAUCUGAAGCAUCAUUUUGAAAAUCAAAAUUUGGGAUUCGGCAUUUCUUCAACCUUUUGGGAUGGACCUUUUGGAACAACCCCUUCCAAAAGAAAAUGAAUGGUAAAUUUUUCUUUGUCCCUUCCUUGUGACUUGUAUUCCUAGUCAUUUUUAGUGGAUCCCUUUUUGUAAUGGUUUAUCAACAAGAGCUUUAUAAGUUAGAUGAUCCAACCAGUUCUCUUCUGUUCUCUGUAUUUUUCUCCUGGUGUUUUUUUCUGGAAUGGAUUUUCUCGAUCAACUGAGCUUAAACCAGAAGUAUAUGGAUGAUGAGAUGCUGGUGCAUGAAACUUGGCGAAUUACUGUUUUCCAGGCUUGCCGGAUAUAUCCAGCUUAUGAAAUAAUGCUCGGACAGACUAUGUGAGGUAUUGCAUCACCGUAUUUCAAUUUCAUGCAAUGAAUCAUAUGGACAUUUUAAUUUUUCCAUCGAUUAUAUAUUUAUAAUGAAAGACACGCACUUUAUUGCAUUAAGCGUAAUGUUUUAGUUAGGUACUUAGGUUAACUUGUUGCAAGAAUACCGUGCAGUGUUGAAUACUGCAGUGUAUUACUUAAUACCACCCAAAGGUAGCGUAAAUUGUUGGCACAAGGUCACAAAUCUGCGAGGAUCCCCUGAAUGUUUGAAUUUUCGCUUUGACUUUCAUUUGUUAUAGAGGGAAUAUGGGUACAGAAUAUGGGUACCUUGCAUUAAUUAAAUAAGUACAGUUUUAAGCUCAAAGGAAUUGAUCGCAUAUUUCAUUGCCAUUUUGUUCAAUAAAUUUAUGUAUCAAUCUAUUUAUGUAUCAAGACAAAUAUAGUCGUUAACUGUUAUUUUAGUUAAGGUCUGUGAUGAGAAUGGAGGAUGUGAUUAUUUAAAUCAGCUGUAUACAUCAUUUAAGAAAUCUCAGAAUUCUUGGGUUGACGGUAGUUUAGCAUUAAUUAAGGGAUUUGACUUUGUGCAAGUAAAACAUUCUCAGCAAUUUUACUCGUUUGAUAUAUGCCGUAUUUCCUCGAAAAUUGACAGACCUGCGAAAAUAAGCCGAUUGGAAAAUAAGCCGAAAAAUAUUAGAAAAUACAGGGAAAAUAGGCCGACCUCGAAAAUAAGCCUAGACACAGUGAAGCGUUCGAAUCAAAUCGUUCGUUCAUUCGAAUCUACUGGCAAAUUGUUUUAAAAGUUUGUUCAAAUUUUGUUUCUCUUUUCAGAAAACACUUCGCAAAUAAGCCGACUCAUAAGUAUGCCGAAAAAUUUCACUUUAUAGAUAAUAAAAAGCCGCGGCUUAUUUUCGAGGAAAUACGAAAUACGAAUUCGAGAUAUAUUAGAAAUAUAGUCCCCGUUGCCAUUUCCGGCAGUAUGAUGAACAAACUUCGUUCAUCUUUAAAACCCAUAAGUAUAGAAGGGAAUUAACAAUUAAGAUGCUCCGUCCAUUGAAAUGCCCUGAUGAAUUUCAAGAGCUUGGUGCGAAGGCAGCAGAAAUAACCCUUAAAACGAAUUUAGACUCUUGAUGUUUUGAGGCUGGUGACACGUUUCGCUUUCUCGGCCUCCAAAUCAGGCUGGUCAUACUCCUCAAAACAGCCUGACCCGCACCCACUGUUUUAUACCAAAAUCUAACCGUGAGACAUUGGUCAAUAACCUGUUGAGUAUUCGAAACUCUUUGCCAAACAAAGAUUUGAAACCUAUUCUUUGCUAGGGUAGAUAAACUUCACAUUCUUUGGCUAUAGCGUCAAUCAUCUACAGAAUUUCCCAGCUCGUGUUUAAUUUUGUCCUAUUUUUUCAAAAUCAUUCGUUCCUUCCACCGAUAUUACUCGAAAGCCCGUUUUGAUACUGGUUGUUGAUUGAUUCCGACCUUUCAAAGCAAGAUGUAUUUACAGAAUGAUAGAAUAACCAGAAAUCAUAGAAACUAAUACUCAACAUCCGGUUUUGUUUAUUGUGAGGUCUUCAUAUUUUCGUAUCUUAAUCGUAUUAAACAUUUCAUAAAUUAGUUUUGGAAUUCUCACAAUUUAAUGCAUUAGGUCAAGUGUAGCAUAUCCAAAACUUUGCUUAUUUUCAAAUAUGUCAAGUCGUUUUUCGUCAGUAUGACGUCGUGAUAAAACCGUUUGGGAGAUAUCAAAGAUAUAUUAAUUCAGGGUUGGGUGUAUUACUAUCUUAAAAUACAUUAUGUUUUUAGUUUAGGUAUUGCACGUUAAUAUGGGGAUUUCAGUUCUUAUAAUAUUUUCUGGCUUUCAGUUAUUUAUUAGCCUUCUAGUUUUGUUUAGUCUGUUUGAUAAUUAACAAUCGAUAAUGGUCGUAAAUAAAAUAAGUACGAACGUGUAAAUUUUCGUUAUUUCCGUACAUACAAUAAUACUUCAAACAUGAA